GUGACCGACCCGCCGACUUCUCUUCUCCUAUGGUUGCUAUUUCCUCUUUUGCUUGUUGAUUCAAUCACACACUUAGGAUGGAUACCACACAGGUAAGAGUCACAAAGGCUCAAACAAUUUGGUAGGAAGACAAAUCACGAAGAAGAAAGCGGCAGUCUCUCUUUACCUCUCGGGUUCUCUCUUAAACGGGGGUGAGGAGUAGAAAGAAAACCACCAAUAUAUAUAUUAGUUAAGUGGCCAACAUAAGGUAAGUCAAAAUAUGGUAAGUAGGCUCGACUAGGGUUAAGUCCCAAUGGAAAGAAACAACAAGCCAUAAAGAGUAUUAGCCAUCCAAUAGGUAAAGCAACGUUUGGUCGGUUUAUCCAUUAUUCGAUGUUGAAUUAUCGUUCAGUCAUUCAUGUCGACUGAUAAAAUUGGUUUUCAUCAUCGCCCGGGAGGUUGUUUGACAGCAUGAUGUCUAACACUUUCUUUCUCCCUAACCUUCAGGAAAACAAGUUACAUUUUCUACAUAUAAGUUUCACUCCGUCUCUUAAUAUUGUUGUCAUUCCUUUUGGGAAGUAGCUUCUAAGCCUUUUGUUGAUAUUACUUAUAUAGAACGAUGCUGCAAAUCCUUUUUUACAUGCUGAUCUCAUCGAGGAUCGAAGGAGUCUUGGUUGAUAAGACUUAUCUUUCCAAUGCUGCAGCAAAAGGAGCUGUUUGUUUAGAUGGGAGUUCACCAGUGUACCAUCUUGAUAGAGGAUCUGGGACGGGAAUAAACAGUUGGCUGGUUCAUAUUGAGGGAGGUGGAUGGUGCCAAAAUGUCGCGGAUUGCCUAGUCCGUAUGAACCAAAAACAGGGUUCCUCCAAGGACAUGGCUAAACAGCUUGCUUUCAAUGGGAUUUUGAGCAACGAGCCACAGAUGAACCCCGAUUUCUAUAAUUGGAAUAGGAUCAAGGUAAGGUAUUGUGAUGGCUCAUCAUUUACUGGGGAUGUAAAAGCAGUGGAUCCUGCUACCAAACUUCACUUCAGAGGGGCGAGGAUUUUUCUUGCUGUCAUGGAGGAGCUGCUGGAGAAAGGAAUGAAAAAAGCUGAAAAUGCUAUUCUGUCUGGAUGUUCAGCCGGUGGGUUGACAUCAAUUUUGCAUUGCGAUAGCUUUAGAUCUCUUGUUCCUAAGGGCUCUAAAGUAAAGUGUAUUUCUGAUGCCGGUUAUUUCAUAAAUGCGAAAGAUAUUUCUGGAUCAUCUUAUAUCGAGGAUUACUACAAUGAUGUCGUCAGGACACAUGGAUCGACGAGGAAUUUGCCAUCAUCGUGUACGUCAAAAGGGAAAACCGGCUUGUGCUUUUUCCCUCAAAACAUUGUACAACAAAUUCAGACGCCACUCUUCAUUACAAAUUCUGCCUAUGAUUCAUGGCAGAUAAGUCACAUUUUGGCUCCUAAUGUUUCGGAUCCAAAUUUUACUUGGCUCAAUUGCAAGAAUAAUAUUAGCAAUUGCUCCCCGAGUCAGCUCCAAACCAUUCAAAAUUUCAGAUUGGAAUUUAUAAAUGCAUUGAAGGGAAUUAGUAUCUCUAUAUCGAGAGGGUACUACAUAAAUUCCUGCUAUACGCACUGCCAAACUGAAGGGGAAACAUGGUUUGGGACCCACUCUCCGAUCUUAAAUAACAAGACAAUUGCAAAAGCAGUUGGAGACUAGUUUUACGAUCGAAGUCAAUUUCAAGAGAUCGACUGUCCUUAUCCUUGUAACAAAAGUUGUCCCAACUCAACUAUUUAAUUGGAAUAAUUUAAUAAGUACCAUGUCAUAAAAGAAAAAAAGAAUUGUUGUUAAAUUGAAAGAGUGAUUUAUUUGUUGCUU